AUGUCAGCCAGCGACACGAUUUAUAGUUUCUUUUUCCUAAGUCAGAUCUUUAUUGGUGUGGUGGCAAACUCACUGGUCUUCCUGAUAUAUGCGUACAUCUUCCUGAUCGAGCCACACCUGAAGAAGCCCAUGGAUGUGAUGUGCAUGCACCUGACAGUUGUCAAUACCGUAACUAUUGUGUUCCAGUCAACACCACAUCUUGCGUCCUUCUUUGGAGUCAAAGAUUUCUUGGAUGAUAUUGGUUGUCAGACGUUUUUGUACAUAUCCAGAGUGACUCGAGGCCUUUCCAUCUGCACUACGUCUCUGCUGAGUGUGUUUCAGGCCAUCACUGUCAGUCCCAGCCAUUCUAAGUGGGCGUGGCUGAAGUCUCAGCUGUCUCAGUGGAUUUUGCCCUCUUUGCUUUCCUUCUGGGUCAUCAACAUGCUGAUUUACAGUCACAUCAUUGAAAGCAUGAGAGCAAAAUCAAACUCCACUCUUGGCAGAGGACCUUAUGUUCAAACAUACUGUCAGAACAUUAAGGUUGAAGAAUACAAAUCAAAAUUAUUUUUAAGUGCCAUGAUGAUGCAUGACCUUGUGUGUAUGGUGCCCAUGGUCGGGAGCAGCCUCUACAUGGUGCUCAUCCUCUACAGACACCGCAGGAGAGCCCGGCACAUCCACAGCCUCACUCACUCUUCUCAGUCAUCUGCAGAAAACAAAGCCACCCGCACUAUCCUCCUGCUGGUGCUGUGCUUCGUGGUAUUUUAUGUUGCCAACAACUCUUUGAUGUUUUAUGGGUUACACAACUCUGGGAAAAACAUAAGAUUGGAGGGUAUUAAUGGAAUUUUAUCAUCAUGUUACCGCACAUUCUGCCCCUUUUUGUUGAUAAAGCACAAUAAGAUCUUUGUCAGACUGAUUUCCUCCAUUUCAAAGAUAAGAAUGAAAUUUUCCUAA